AUUCCUGACACAGCUGACAGCAGAUGGAAAGGACCCUGAUUUCCAACCUGUUGUGAGAGACCGUGUAAUGAAUAAGACCUUCACCAUCAUCAGUCCCCACUUCCCACGCUUCAACACAGCGGACUGGUUUGCUUGGUUCCAUAUCAAACUGGUUCCUUUCCUGCCAAGUUUCACUGCAGUGAUGCUCAAGAAUGCAACCUCAGACAUAAACUGCACAGACUACCGUGUUGUUGUGAGCGGGCUGGCCAAAGUGUUCCCUGCAAUACCGCUGCGCAGACAACAAGAAAUCACACCUGUUCUGCUGGGCUACCUGAGAAAAUCUGCCAGUGUCAUCAAUGAGCCAGUUUGCAGGCAGGGAAUUCAGAGUGAUGCCCAAUGGCUUGAGACAAACUUGGGUCCAUUUUCCACCUAUGCAACAUACUCUGACCUCAAAGUCUUCAACCUGUCUGGGGUGGCAGUUGUGGGCUCCCUCUCACCAAACCAGAAGGCUGAGCUGAUCCUGGAUCCAGACAGCGGCGCUUUGGAAAAUGAGACCAUCGUAAGGGAGGUGCUCACAAGCUUGACACAGUCCCCUGAUGAUGAGCAGCUCAAUCAGUUUUUCCAGACUUUUACAGACAUCAACAAGCAGAGAAACAUCACCUUCAUCACAAAUGUGGCCGUAAGAGACACCAUCUUGAACCUGACCUUGACAGCCCUUGCUCCUGAAUUUGAAGACUUUGAGCCUGAAGACUUCAAGCUGUGGUUCCAGGUCUAUUUGGUCACUGUGAUGGCCAGCCUCCAUCCUGGCAGCUUGGUGGUGAUCCCCAGUAACAUCAGCUGUGCAUCCUACGCAGCUAUCCUCACUGGUCUUCAGCAAAGUGUGAAAUCCCUCCCAAUGGACCUUUCACAGGGCGUGAGAUCAAGCACAGAGUCACUCAAGGAGACAUUCACACGUUGCUCAGUUGCAGAUUCCUUCACGUGCGAGGACACCCCAGUUGAUGAGGGCCUCAUCUGUGGUGCAGUCAACAGAUCAUCACUCCAACAAGCCCUUUCUACUGGCAAUUCCUCUACAGUUCUGUGCAAUUGUACCAUCACUGCACAUGCCUGUUCCUCGGCUACACAUCUCACACCCAGCAACUUGGUGACACUAAUGAAAUGCUCACUGGAAAGCCAAAGCACAUACCCGGUAGAGGUCUGGAAGCUUCUCUUCCAAAAAGCUUCCACUGCACUAGACCAGGCUCUUGACUCAUUUGCCACCAUGGCCCCCAACAACAGCAAGCCAUCCUUGUCGCCUGCUCUUGAUGCUCUUGGAGAGGUGAGAAUUGCCAGCUUCAGCCAGGCAGAACUGCAGAGCCAAGAGUUUGUCCGCAGCUGGUUCCAGAGCAAGAUUCGUCCAUUUUUGGCCUCUGCAUCCCCCAACUUCCUAUUCUGCCUGAGCUCCAAGAACUUCAGCUGCUUUACAUACCAGACUGUCAUCCAGGUAUUCGGCAGCCAAAGGCCGUACAUGGACAGAGAAAGACAGCAAGCAGUCUUCACUCAUUUCAUCCAACCAUUCCUUUCAAGAAAUGACUCGUCAGAUCCUGGCUGUGUCUCCUCUGUCAGAGGUAGUAAAGAGUGGCUACAGACCAACCUUGGCGACUUCUCUGCUUUUGCAACCCUGCAGGAUUUGCAAGCCCUCAAUCCCAACUUCUCCAGUGCCAACACGUUGUCAGUGCUCACUCCUGCUCAGCUGGCACAGCUGACACUGAGCUCAGUGGACUCCAAUGACACAGACCAAAUCGAGCGUGUGUUUGAGCGACUGGAGGAGGGCAAUGCUCUGGAAAAUGUGGAUGAAUUCCUGACACAGCUGACAGCAAAUGGAAAGGACCCUGAUUUCCAACCUGUUGUGAGAGACCGUGUAAUGAAUAAGACCUUCACCAUCAUCAGUCCCCACUUCCCACGCUUCAACACAGCGGACUGGUUUGCUUGGUUCCAUAUCAAACUGGUUCCUUUCCUGCCAAGUUUCACUGCAGUGAUGCUCAAGAAUGCAACCUCAGACAUAAACUGCACAGACUACCGUGUUGUUGUGAGCGGGCUGGCCAAAGUGUUCCCUGCAAUACCGCUGCGCAGACAACAAGAAAUCACACCUGUUCUGCUGGGCUACCUGAGAAAAUCUGCCAGUGUCAUCAAUGAGCCAGUUUGCAGGCAGGGAAUUCAGAGUGAUGCCCAAUGGCUUGAGGCAAACUUGGGUCCAUUUUCCACCUAUGCAUCAUACUCUGACCUCAAAGUCUUCAACCUGUCUGGGGUGGCAGUUGUGGGCUCCCUCUCACCAAACCAGAAGGCUGAGCUGAUCCUGGAUCCAGACAGCGGCGCUUUGGAAAAUGAGACCAUCGUAAGGGAGGUGCUCACAAGCUUGACACAGUCCCCUGAUGAUGAGCAGCUCAAUCAGUUUUUCCAGACUUUUACAGACAUCAACAAGCAGAGAAACAUCACCUUCAUCACAAAUGUGGCCGUAAGAGACACCAUCUUGAACCUGACCUUGACAGCCCUUGCUCCUGAAUUUGAAGACUUUGAGCCUGAAGACUUCAAGCUGUGGUUCCAGGUCUAUUUGGUCACUGUGAUGGCCAGCCUCCAUCCUGGCAGCUUGGUGGUGAUCCCCAGUAACAUCAGCUGUGCAUCCUACGCAGCUAUCCUCACUGGUCUUCAGCAAAGUGUGAAAUCCCUCCCAAUGGACCUUUCACAGGGCGUGAGAUCAAGCACAGAGUCACUCAAGGAGACAUUCACACGUUGCUCAGUUGCAGAUUCCUUCACGUGCAAGGACACCCCAGUUGAUGAGGGCCUCAUCUGUGGUGCAGUCAACAGAUCAUCACUCCAACAAGCCCUUUCUACUGGCAAUUCCUCUACAGUCCUGUGCAAUUUUACCAUCACUGCACAUGCCUGUUCCUCGGCUACACAUCUCACACCCAGCAACUUGGUGACACUGAUGAAAUGCUCACUGGAAAGCCAAAGCACAUACCCGGUAGAGGUCUGGAAGCUUCUCUUCCAAAAAGCUUCCACUGCACUAGACCAGGCUCUUGACUCAUUUGCCACCAUGGCCCCCAACAACAGCAAGCCAUCCUUGUCGCCUGCUCUUGAUGCUCUUGGAGAGGUGAGAAUUGCCAGCUUCAGCCAGGCAGAACUGCAGAGCCAAGAGUUUGUCCGCAGCUGGUUCCAGAGCAAGAUUCGUCCAUUUUUGGCCUCUGCAUCCCCCAACUUCCUAUUCUGCCUGAGCUCCAAGAACUUCAGCUGCUUUACAUACCAGACUGUCAUCCAGGUAUUCGGUAGCCAAAGGCCGUAUAUGGACAGAGAAAGACAGCAAGCAGUCUUCACUCAUUUCAUCCAACCAUUCCUUUCAAGAAAUGACUCAUCAGAUCCUGGCUGUGUCUCGUCUGUCAGAGGUAGUAAAGAGUGGCUACAGACCAACCUUGGCGGCUUCUCUGCUUUUGCAACCCUGCAGGAUUUGCAAGCCCUCAAUCCCAACUUCUCCAGUGCCGACACGUUGUCAGUGCUCACUCCUGCUCAGCUGGCACAGCUGACACUGAGCUCAGUGGACUCCAAUGACACAGACCAAAUCGACCGUGUGUUUGAGCGACUGGAGGAGGGCAAUGCUCUGGAAAAUGUGGAUGAAUUCCUGACACAGCUGACAGCAAAUGGAAAGGACCCUGAUUUCCAACCUGUUGUGAGAGACCGUGUAAUGAAUAAGACCUUCACCAUCAUCAGUCCCCACUUCCCGCGCUUCAACACAGCGGACUGGUUUGCUUGGUUCCAUAUCAAACUGGUUCCUUUCCUGCCAAGUUUCACUGCAGUGAUGCUCAAGAAUGCAACCUCAGACAUAAACUGCACAGACUACCGUGUUGUUGUGAGCGGGCUGGCCAAAGUGUUCCCUGCAAUACCGCUGCGCAGACAACAAGAAAUCACACCUGUUCUGCUGGGCUACCUGAGAAAAUCUGCCAGUGUCAUCAAUGAGCCAGUUUGCAGGCAGGGAAUUCAGAGUGAUGCCCAAUGGCUUGAGGCAAACUUGGGUCCAUUUUCCACCUAUGCAUCAUACUCUGACCUCAAAGUCUUCAACCUGUCUGGGGUGGCAGUUGUGGGCUCCCUCUCACCAAACCAGAAGGCUGAGCUGAUCCUGGAUCCAGACAGCGGCGCUUUGGAAAAUGAGACCAUCGUAAGGGAGGUGCUCACAAGCUUGACACAGUCCCCUGAUGAUGAGCAGCUCAAUCAGUUUUUCCAGACUUUUACAGACAUCAACAAGCAGAGAAACAUCACCUUCAUCACAAAUGUGGCUGUAAGAGACACCAUCUUGAACCUGACCUUGACAGCCCUUGCUCCUGAAUUUGAAGACUUUGAGCCUGAAGACUUCAAGCUGUGGUUCCAGGUCUAUUUGGUCACUGUGAUGGCCAGCCUCCAUCCUGGCAGCUUGGUGGUGAUCCCCAGUAACAUCAGCUGUGCAUCCUACGCAGCUAUCCUCACUGGUCUUCAGCAAAGUGUGAAAUCCCUCCCAAUGGACCUUUCACAGGGCGUGAGAUCAAGCACAGAGUCACUCAAGGAGACAUUCACACGUUGCUCAGUUGCAGAUUCCUUCACGUGCAAGGACACCCCAGUUGAUGAGGGCCUCAUCUGUGGUGCAGUCAACAGAUCAUCACUCCAACAAGCCCUUUCUACUGGCAAUUCCUCUACAGUCCUGUGCAAUUUUACCAUCACUGCACAUGCCUGUUCCUCGGCUACACAUCUCACACCCAGCAACUUGGUGACACUGAUGAAAUGCUCACUGGAAAGCCAAAGCACAUACCCGGUAGAGGUCUGGAAGCUUCUCUUCCAAAAAGCUUCCACUGCACUAGACCAGGCUCUUGACUCAUUUGCCACCAUGGCCCCCAACAACAGCAAGCCAUCCUUGUCGCCUGCUCUUGAUGCUCUUGGAGAGGUGAGAAUUGCCAGCUUCAGCCAGGCAGAACUGCAGAGCCAAGAGUUUGUCCGCAGCUGGUUCCAGAGCAAGAUUCGUCCAUUUUUGGCCUCUGCAUCCCCCAACUUCCUAUUCUGCCUGAGCUCCAAGAACUUCAGCUGCUUUACAUACCAGACUGUCAUCCAGGUAUUCGGCAGCCAAAGGCCGUACAUGGACAGAGAAAGACAGCAAGCAGUCUUCACUCAUUUCAUCCAACCAUUCCUUUCAAGAAAUGACUCUUCAGAUCCUGGCUGUGUCUCCUCUGUCAGAGGUAGUAAAGAGUGGCUACAGACCAACCUUGGCGACUUCUCUGCUUUUGCAACCCUGCAGGAUUUGCAAGCCCUCAAUCCCAACUUCUCCAGUGCCGACACGUUGUCAGUGCUCACUCCUGCUCAGGUGGCACAGCUGACACUGAGCUCAGUGGACUCCAAUGACACAGACCAAAUCGACCGUGUGUUUGAGCGACUUGAGGAGGGCAAUGCUCUGGAAAAUGUGGAUGAAUUCCUGACACAGCUGACAGCAGAUGGAAAGGACCCUGAUUUCCAACCUGUUGUGAGAGACCGUGUAAUGAAUAAGACCUUCACCAUCAUCAGUCCCCACUUCCCACGCUUCAACACAGCGGACUGGUUUGCUUGGUUCCAUAUCAAACUGGUUCCUUUCCUGCCAAGUUUCACUGCAGUGAUGCUCAAGAAUGCAACCUCAGACAUAAACUGCACAGACUACCGUGUUGUUGUGAGCGGGCUGGCCAAAGUGUUCCCUGCAAUACCGCUGCGCAGACAACAAGAAAUCACACCUGUUCUGCUGGGCUACCUGAGAAAAUCUGCCAGUGUCAUCAAUGAGCCAGUUUGCAGGCAGGGAAUUCAGAGUGAUGCCCAAUGGCUUGAGGCAAACUUGGGUCCAUUUUCCACCUAUGCAACAUACUCUGACCUCAAAGUCUUCAACCUGUCUGGGGUGGCAGUUGUGGGCUCCCUCUCACCAAACCAGAAGGCUGAGCUGAUCCUGGAUCCAGACAGCGGCGCUUUGGAAAAUGAGACCAUCGUAAGGGAGGUGCUCACAAGCUUGACACAGUCCCCUGAUGAUGAGCAGCUCAAUCAGUUUUUCCAGACUUUUACAGACAUCAACAAGCAGAGAAACAUCACCUUCAUCACAAAUGUGGCCGUAAGAGACACCAUCUUGAACCUGACCUUGACAGCCCUUGCUCCUGAAUUUGAAGACUUUGAGCCUGAAGACUUCAAGCUGUGGUUCCAGGUCUAUUUGGUCACUGUGAUGGCCAGCCUCCAUCCUGGCAGCUUGGUGGUGAUCCCCAGUAACAUCAGCUGUGCAUCCUACGCAGCUAUCCUCACUGGUCUUCAGCAAAGUGUGAAAUCCCUCCCAAUGGACCUUUCACAGGGCGUGAGAUCAAGCACAGAGUCACUCAAGGAGACAUUCACACGUUGCUCAGUUGCAGAUUCCUUCACGUGCGAGGACACCCCAGUUGAUGAGGGCCUCAUCUGUGGUGCAGUCAACAGAUCAUCACUCCAACAAGCCCUUUCUACUGGCAAUUCCUCUACAGUUCUGUGCAAUUUCACCAUCACUGCACAUGCCUGUUCCUCGGCUACACAUCUCACACCCAGCAACUUGGUGACACUGAUGAAAUGCUCACUGGAAAGCCAAAGCACAUACCCGGUAGAGGUCUGGAAGCUUCUCUUCCAAAAAGCUUCCACUGCACUAGACCAGGCUCUUGACUCAUUUGCCACCAUGGCCCCCAACAACAGCAAGCCAUCCUUGUCGCCUGCUCUUGAUGCUCUUGGAGAGGUGAGAAUUGCCAGCUUCAGCCAGGCAGAACUGCAGAGCCAAGAGUUUGUCCGCAGCUGGUUCCAGAGCAAGAUUCGUCCAUUUUUGGCCUCUGCAUCCCCCAACUUCCUAUUCUGCCUGAGCUCCAAGAACUUCAGCUGCUUUACAUACCAGACUGUCAUCCAGGUAUUCGGCAGCCAAAGGCCGUACAUGGACAGAGAAAGACAGCAAGCAGUCUUCACUCAUUUCAUCCAACCAUUCCUUUCAAGAAAUGACUCAUCAGAUCCUGGCUGUGUCUCGUCUGUCAGAGGUAGUAAAGAGUGGCUACAGACCAACCUUGGCGGCUUCUCUGCUUUUGCAACCCUGCAGGAUUUGCAAGCCCUCAAUCCCAACUUCUCCAGUGCCGACACGUUGUCAGUGCUCACUCCUGCUCAGCUGGCACAGCUGACACUGAGCUCAGUGGACUCCAAUGACACAGACCAAAUCGACCGUGUGUUUGAGCGACUUGAGGAGGGCAAUGCUCUGGAAAAUGUGGAUGAAUUCCUGACACAGCUGACAGCAGAUGGAAAGGACCCUGAUUUCCAACCUGUUGUGAGAGACCGUGUAAUGAAUAAGACCUUCACCAUCAUCAGUCCCCACUUCCCGCGCUUCAACACAGCGGACUGGUUUGCUUGGUUCCAUAUCAAACUGGUUCCUUUCCUGCCAAGUUUCACUGCAGUGAUGCUCAAGAAUGCAACCUCAGACAUAAACUGCACAGACUACCGUGUUGUUGUGAGCGGGCUGGCCAAAGUGUUCCCUGCAAUACCGCUGCGCAGACAACAAGAAAUCACACCUGUUCUGCUGGGCUACCUGAGAAAAUCUGCCAGUGUCAUCAAUGAGCCAGUUUGCAGGCAGGGAAUUCAGAGUGAUGCCCAAUGGCUUGAGGCAAACUUGGGCCCAUUUUCCACCUAUGCAUCAUACUCUGACCUCAAAGUCUUCAACCUGUCUGGGGUGGCAGUUGUGGGCUCCCUCUCACCAAACCAGAAGGCUGAGCUGAUCCUGGAUCCAGACAGCGGCGCUUUGGAAAAUGAGACCAUCGUAAGGGAGGUGCUCACAAGCUUGACACAGUCCCCUGAUGAUGAGCAGCUCAAUCAGUUUUUCCAGACUUUUACAGACAUCAACAAGCAGAGAAACAUCACCUUCAUCACAAAUGUGGCUGUAAGAGACACCAUCUUGAACCUGACCUUGACAGCCCUUGCUCCUGAAUUUGAAGACUUUGAGCCUGAAGACUUCAAGCUGUGGUUCCAGGUCUAUUUGGUCACUGUGAUGGCCAGCCUCCAUCCUGGCAGCUUGGUGGUGAUCCCCACUAACAUCAGCUGUGCAUCCUACGCAGCUAUCAUCACUGGUCUUCAGCAAAGUGUGAAAUCCCUCCCAAUGGACCUUUCACAGGGCGUGAGAUCAAGCACAGAGUCAAUCAAGGAGACAUUCACACGUUGCUCAGUUGCAGAUUCCUUCACGUGCGAGGACACCCCAGUUGAUGAGGGCCUCAUCUGUGGUGCAGUCAACAGAUCAUCACUCCAACAAGCCCUUUCUACUGGCAAUUCCUCUACAGUUCUGUGCAAUUUCACCAUCACUGCACAUGCCUGUUCCUCGGCUACACAUCUCACACCCAGCAACUUGGUGACACUGAUGAAAUGCUCACUGGAAAGCCAAAGCACAUACCCGGUAGAGGUCUGGAAGCUUCUCUUCCAAAAAGCUUCCACUGCACUAGACCAGGCUCUUGACUCAUUUGCCACUAUGGCCCCCAACAACAGCAAGCCAUCCUUGUCGCCUGCUCUUGAUGCUCUUGGAGAGGUGAGAAUUGCCAGCUUCAGCCAGGCAGAACUGCAGAGCCAAGAGUUUGUCCGCAGCUGGUUCCAGAGCAAGAUUCGUCCAUUUUUGGCCUCUGCAUCCCCCAACUUCCUAUUCUGCCUGAGCUCCAAGAACUUCAGCUGCUUUACAUACCAGACUGUCAUCCAGGUAUUCGGCAGCCAAAGGCCGUACAUGGACAGAGAAAGACAGCAAGCAGUCUUCACUCAUUUCAUCCAACCAUUCCUUUCAAGAAAUGACUCAUCAGAUCCUGGCUGUGUCUCGUCUGUCAGAGGUAGUAAAGAGUGGCUACAGACCAACCUUGGCGGCUUCUCUGCUUUUGCAACCCUGCAGGAUUUGCAAGCCCUCAAUCCCAACUUCUCCAGUGCCGACACGUUGUCAGUGCUCACUCCUGCUCAGCUGGCACAGCUGACACUGAGCUCAGUGGACUCCAAUGACACAGACCAAAUCGACCGUGUGUUUGAGCGACUUGAGGAGGGCAAUGCUCUGGAAAAUGUGGAUGAAUUCCUGACACAGCUGACAGCAAAUGGAAAGGACCCUGAUUUCCAACCUGUUGUGAGAGACCGUGUAAUGAAUAAGACCUUCACCAUCAUCAGUCCCCACUUCCCGCGCUUCAACACAGCGGACUGGUUUGCUUGGUUCCAUAUCAAACUGGUUCCUUUCCUGCCAAGUUUCACUGCAGUGAUGCUCAAGAAUGCAACCUCAGACAUAAACUGCACAGACUACCGUGUUGUUGUGAGCGGGCUGGCCAAAGUGUUCCCUGCAAUACCGCUGCGCAGACAACAAGAAAUCACACCUGUUCUGCUGGGCUACCUGAGAAAAUCUGCCAGUGUCAUCAAUGAGCCAGUUUGCAGGCAGGGAAUUCAGAGUGAUGCCCAAUGGCUUGAGGCAAACUUGGGCCCAUUUUCCACCUAUGCAUCAUACUCUGACCUCAAAGUCUUCAACCUGUCUGGGGUGGCAGUUGUGGGCUCCCUCUCACCAAACCAGAAGGCUGAGCUGAUCCUGGAUCCAGACAGCGGCGCUUUGGAAAAUGAGACCAUCGUAAGGGAGGUGCUCACAAGCUUGACACAGUCCCCUGAUGAUGAGCAGCUCAAUCAGUUUUUCCAGACUUUUACAGACAUCAACAAGCAGAGAAACAUCACCUUCAUCACAAAUGUGGCUGUAAGAGACACCAUCUUGAACCUGACCUUGACAGCCCUUGCUCCUGAAUUUGAAGACUUUGAGCCUGAAGACUUCAAGCUGUGGUUCCAGGUCUAUUUGGUCACUGUGAUGGCCAGCCUCCAUCCUGGCAGCUUGGUGGUGAUCCCCACUAACAUCAGCUGUGCAUCCUACGCAGCUAUCAUCACUGGUCUUCAGCAAAGUGUGAAAUCCCUCCCAAUGGACCUUUCACAGGGCGUGAGAUCAAGCACAGAGUCAAUCAAGGAGACAUUCACACGUUGCUCAGUUGCAGAUUCCUUCACGUGCGAGGACACCCCAGUUGAUGAGGGCCUCAUCUGUGGUGCAGUCAACAGAUCAUCACUCCAACAAGCCCUUUCUACUGGCAAUUCCUCUACAGUUCUGUGCAAUUUCACCAUCACUGCACAUGCCUGUUCCUCGGCUACACAUCUCACACCCAGCAACUUGGUGACACUGAUGAAAUGCUCACUGGAAAGCCAAAGCACAUACCCGGUAGAGGUCUGGAAGCUUCUCUUCCAAAAAGCUUCCACUGCACUAGACCAGGCUCUUGACUCAUUUGCCACUAUGGCCCCCAACAACAGCAAGCCAUCCUUGUCGCCUGCUCUUGAUGCUCUUGGAGAGGUGAGAAUUGCCAGCUUCAGCCAGGCAGAACUGCAGAGCCAAGAGUUUGUCCGCAGCUGGUUCCAGAGCAAGAUUCGUCCAUUUUUGGCCUCUGCAUCCCCCAACUUCCUAUUCUGCCUGAGCUCCAAGAACUUCAGCUGCUUUACAUACCAGACUGUCAUCCAGGUAUUCGGCAGCCAAAGGCCGUACAUGGACAGAGAAAGACAGCAAGCAGUCUUCACUCAUUUCAUCCAACCAUUCCUUUCAAGAAAUGACUCAUCAGAUCCUGGCUGUGUCUCGUCUGUCAGAGGUAGUAAAGAGUGGCUACAGACCAACCUUGGCGGCUUCUCUGCUUUUGCAACCCUGCAGGAUUUGCAAGCCCUCAAUCCCAACUUCUCCAGUGCCGACACGUUGUCAGUGCUCACUCCUGCUCAGGUGGCACAGCUGACACUGAGCUCAGUGGACUCCAAUGACACAGACCAAAUCGACCGUGUGUUUGAGCGACUUGAGGAGGGCAAUGCUCUGGAAAAUGUGGAUGAAUUCCUGACACAGCUGACAGCAAAUGGAAAGGACCCUGAUUUCCAACCUGUUGUGAGAGACCGUGUAAUGAAUAAGACCUUCACCAUCAUCAGUCCCCACUUCCCGCGCUUCAACACAGCGGACUGGUUUGCUUGGUUCCAUAUCAAACUGGUUCCUUUCCUGCCAAGUUUCACUGCAGUGAUGCUCAAGAAUGCAACCUCAGACAUAAACUGCACAGACUACCGUGUUGUUGUGAGCGGGCUGGCCAAAGUGUUCCCUGCAAUACCGCUGCGCAGACAACAAGAAAUCACACCUGUUCUGCUGGGCUACCUGAGAAAAUCUGCCAGUGUCAUCAAUGAGCCAGUUUGCAGGCAGGGAAUUCAGAGUGAUGCCCAAUGGCUUGAGGCAAACUUGGGUCCAUUUUCCACCUAUGCAUCAUACUCUGACCUCAAAGUCUUCAACCUGUCUGGGGUGGCAGUUGUGGGCUCCCUCUCACCAAACCAGAAGGCUGAGCUGAUCCUGGAUCCAGACAGCGGCGCUUUGGAAAAUGAGACCAUCGUAAGGGAGGUGCUCACAAGCUUGACACAGUCCCCUGAUGAUGAGCAGCUCAAUCAGUUUUUCCAGACUUUUACAGACAUCAACAAGCAGAGAAACAUCACCUUCAUCACAAAUGUGGCUGUAAGAGACACCAUCUUGAACCUGACCUUGACAGCCCUUGCUCCUGAAUUUGAAGACUUUGAGCCUGAAGACUUCAAGCUGUGGUUCCAGGUCUAUUUGGUCACUGUGAUGGCCAGCCUCCAUCCUGGCAGCUUGGUGGUGAUCCCCACUAACAUCAGCUGUGCAUCCUACGCAGCUAUCAUCACUGGUCUUCAGCAAAGUGUGAAAUCCCUCCCAAUGGACCUUUCACAGGGCGUGAGAUCAAGCACAGAGUCAAUCAAGGAGACAUUCACACGUUGCUCAGUUGCAGAUUCCUUCACGUGCGAGGACACCCCAGUUGAUGAGGGCCUCAUCUGUGGUGCAGUCAACAGAUCAUCACUCCAACAAGCCCUUUCUACUGGCAAUUCCUCUACAGUUCUGUGCAAUUUCACCAUCACUGCACAUGCCUGUUCCUCGGCUACACAUCUCACACCCAGCAACUUGGUGACACUGAUGAAAUGCUCACUGGAAAGCCAAAGCACAUACCCGGUAGAGGUCUGGAAGCUUCUCUUCCAAAAAGCUUCCACUGCACUAGACCAGGCUCUUGACUCAUUUGCCACCAUGGCCCCCAACAACAGCAAGCCAUCCUUGUCGCCUGCUCUUGAUGCUCUUGGAGAGGUGAGAAUUGCCAGCUUCAGCCAGGCAGAACUGCAGAGCCAAGAGUUUGUCCGCAGCUGGUUCCAGAACAAGAUUCGUCCAUUUUUGGCCUCUGCAUCCCCCAACUUCCUAUUCUGCCUGAGCUCCAAGAACUUCAGCUGCUUUACAUACCAGACUGUCAUCCAGGUAUUCGGCAGCCAAAGGCCGUACAUGGACAGAGAAAGACAGCAAGCAGUCUUCACUCAUUUCAUCCAACCAUUCCUUUCAAGAAAUGACUCUUCAGAUCCUGGCUGUCUCUCCUCUGUCAGAGGUAGUAAAGAGUGGCUACAGACCAACCUUGGCGGCUUCUCUGCUUUUGCAACCCUGCAGGAUUUGCAAGCCCUCAAUCCCAACUUCUCCAGUGCCGACACGUUGUCAGUGCUCACUCCUGCUCAGGUGGCACAGCUGACACUGAGCUCAGUGGACUCCAAUGACACAGACCAAAUCGACCGUGUGUUUGAGCGACUUGAGGAGGGCAAUGCUCUGGAAAAUGUGGAUGAAUUCCUGACACAGCUGACAGCAGAUGGAAAGGACCCUGAUUUCCAACCUGUUGUGAGAGACCGUGUAAUGAAUAAGACCUUCACCAUCAUCAGUCCCCACUUCCCACGCUUCAACACAGCGGACUGGUUUGCUUGGUUCCAUAUCAAACUGGUUCCUUUCCUGCCAAGUUUCACUGCAGUGAUGCUCAAGAAUGCAACCUCACACAUAAACUGCACAGACUACCGUGUUGUUGUGAGCGGGCUGGCCAAAGUGUUCCCUGCAAUACCGCUGCGCAGACAACAAGAAAUCACACCUGUUCUGCUGGGCUACCUGAGAAAAUCUGCCAGUGUCAUCAAUGAGCCAGUUUGCAGGCAGGGAAUUCAGAGUGAUGCCCAAUGGCUUGAGGCAAACUUGGGUCCAUUUUCCACCUAUGCAACAUACUCUGACCUCAAAGUCUUCAACCUGUCUGGGGUGACUGUACUAGACUCUCUUUCUUCAACACAAAAAGCUGAACUGCUUCUUGAACCAAACAACUUAUCAAAUGAAACACUUGUGAGACUUGUGUUCACACAACUUACUGUGUCAUCAAGUGUGGAAGACCUUGGCUCUUUCUUUGACAAAUUUGUUAGUGGUGCUGCAGAGCAAAACUUGACAAUCAUUCAACCAAGAGUGCGUGACACCAUCCUAAAUCUGACACUUUUGGCACUUGGCCCAAAACUAUCCAUGCUGGAUGCUGAGGGAUUCAAGUUAUGGUUCCAGGUUUACCUACCCCUAUUCCUCCCAAGCAUCAAUUCAAACACGUUUGAAAUCGUUCCUGGAAAUAUCAGCUGUGGCUCCUAUCAGGAGAUCAUCAAGGGAUGUGACAAUGUUUUCACUCUUCUCUCCGUGAGGCAGACCCAACAGGUUUUCACUUUCGCAAUGGACUAUCUUAGUAGACAUUCUUCCUCAGGUCUCUCCUGUGUUGAAUCUGUCAAUGAUGACAGACGUUGGCUUGAAAACAACUUUGGUCGGUUCCGUGUGCAUGCCUCAUAUAUUGAUUUUGUGACCUUGAAGAACAAUUUCAAUGGAGUGGAGGUCGCAGAUCUUCUCACUGUCACUCAGCUGGCCGAGCUUGCUGCAACUCCAUCACAACUAAAGACAAUGCAACAAGUGACAAAAAUCAUGACAGUCAUCAGCCCUGUUGAGUUUGGUGCUUUCUUUGACAUAGUCUCACCAGCCAUCAAGAUCCACCAAGCCAACUACACAGAGGUGGUGAAAUCUGCCUUCCUCCAGGCAGUAUUUGACAGAGGGAGCCUGUCCUCUCCAGCUAUCAGUGACACAGAGUUCCUGCUGUGGCUCCGGGUUCGACUGAGCCCUCUCCUGGUCAACCUUUCUCCCAGCCUGGUGACACCUUUAUUUGACAUCGGGCAGAACAGGAGUUGUAACAGCAGCCAAGAGAUGAUCACGUUUCUGGACACACUACAUGUGACAUUCAGCAACAACACCCAAAGGGAGAUCUAUAAAAGCACCCUCCUCUUCCUGCGAGGUCCAACGCCACUCAAGUGCUACAGUGGUGGAAGCUUCUACAUCUAUCUGAGAAACACUUUCCUCAGCUUUGGCUUUCCAGAUUUGUCUAUGUUCACAUCUCUUCUGCCACAGACACGUGAAUCUGAGCUCCUGAGUACCAUCAGCACCUCAGAGCUGCAGCAGUUCCUCAGUCGACCCAAUGUGAUUGAUAACAACUCUGACAUCUGUGUCAUCUUCAACAACUACAACAACACUCCUGCCUUCCUAGAAACUGAGGAUGUUCCAGACAAUGUGAAGAAGGUGACGCUCCCCUGUGUCUGGUCUUUGGCCCUGAGCAGCAACCGCAAAUCAGAGGUUAAUUCCUGGUUUGACGUACGGUUGAGGAACUAUCUUAGAUUCCUCACCAAGAGCCUCAUCAGCUCCACCGCAGUGCAGAAUGCUUCAUGUUUUGCCUUCCAGAAACUGGUUUCUGUAAUGGGAAAUAACUUCACAUACAACAGCUCAGAGUUUGGACAGGGUGAUGUGUACACCACCAUCAGGACCUACUUGAGAGCUGGUUCUGGAGCCAGAUGUUACAAUGCCAGUGAUCCAGAACUAAACUCAACCUCCUGGUUUGUCAACUACAUCGGCAACUUUGUGACAUUUAUCACUCUGGACGAUCUUACCACCUUCGUCUCCACCACUCAAAUUCAAGUCUUCUCUGUGAACCAAGCCAACCUGGAGCUCUUUAACAACACAGCAAUCCCAGCCAAUGUAACCAACUAUUACAUCUCACAGCUUUUUACAUUCAGACCAACCUUCAACCCUUUGAAGCUUCCAGGCUUUUUCCUGUGCUCUCCUGACAUCCCAACUGUAGCAUAUUCCUCUGUGAAUGAAGCUGAUACCGUACUCAUCUUGAAUGAGCUGAAGAAAUUCUGUAAUGGAACAGAGGACUCUGAGGUGUCUGCUGCCCUGGCAUCCAACCUCCAAACCAUCACAGCAGAUACGUUUGCGACUCUUGGCAGUGCCAGUGCAGGCCUGACCAGCAGUCAGAUCACAUCCGUUGGCCCGUCAGUGCUGGUUUCCUCUUUAUCCACCCUGAGAACAGUUAGCACCUGGAACCAAGAGCAAGCCACCACAAUCAUCCAAACCAUAACUGCAGCUGGCUACCAGAUCAACACUGGAUCCUCCCUGGAGUCCCUCGGCACACUUGUUGCUGGAGUUCCUGCAAAGACAAUAGAAGAAAUUCCAGCUUCUGAGCUACUCAGCAUCUCCAAGAGCACCACCUUUGUUUCCAAUAUGCUGGCAUCCCCAGCAGUUGUCCAAGAGACCUUUGUUAAAAAGAUCAUAUCUGUGAACCCAAGUCCUAGCAUGGUGGUGCUGAAUGUCCCUGAUACUAUGGCAACUGAGAUCCCACCAUCCCUGCUGGUAUUUUCUGAGGGGACUGCAGACAUCAGUGUGAUCAACAAAAAGAAAUGGACGCAAGAUCAGGCUGCCAUGUUCUUCGGGACACUGGCUAAAACCAACUUUGACAUUGAGCAGCUUUCUCCAUUUGUGCUGCAAGGCUUCACAUGUACAACAGUCCAGAGUAUGACAACAACCAUGAUCCAGGGCCUGAUCCGUGCCAGUAGACCGAGGAAAGGCAGGGCCAAGGUGAACCUGCAGGAAUCACAGCUGACUUGCAUGUACAACCUGCUCAGUGGAGACAUCUCCCAGAACUUCACCGAUUAUCCCUCAGACAUGCUCCUCUACUUUAGCAACAAAGAUGUCAGGAGAGCUGACUGCAGGUCAUACUUCUCUGCAGUGGGUGCUGCAGACUUCUCUGUGGCCUCCAGCAUUUUGAACAAGGGCUCAGUGCUGCUUAGUGAAGCCAGGACCUGCUUGGGCAUAAACAGCAUCAGUCUGAGCAGAGACAACGUGGAGGUCCUGGGGAACAUGGCCUGUACUCUGGACAGCUCUUACAUCGAGAACGCUGAUCCUCUUAUCCUGGAAAAACUCAAAGCCUGCAAAGACUUCUCUGACAGCCAAGUGGCUGCCAUGGAGACACUGCUGCUGUCUGGGAAAACACCUUACGGAAAUGCCUCCACCUGGAACCAGGAUACACUGGAGAACCUCGGGAUCCUUCCUUUAUACUUCACAAGAAACAUAUGGGGACAGUUCAAAACUACAACAAAGAGAAGGUUCCUCAAGACUUUCAUGUCAGACCUGAGGAAAUCAAAGACAGAGAAGAGGAAGCUCAAGGCGCUGUUUCAACAGAUCAGUGCCCUGAAGAUAAAAAGAGGAGCAGGCUGCACCGUGGGCAACAUCACCCAAGUGACAGUUAGCGACCCCUCCUUCCCCUUUGGCUACGACCAGACACAAUUUGACCUCUGCCUGGACGUCCCUGUUCUGAAGGACAAUCUCAACUCUAUUUGCGAGAAGGUGGACGACAACGACUUCCAGACAAUCAUUCUGAAUAAACUCAACGAGGCAUACCCAUCCGGUGUUUCUGAUAGUGAGGUCCAAGUGCUCGGCUCAGUGUCACGUGUGGCAUCCCUUGAGGACAUUUCCAAGUGGAACAUCACCAGCAUUGACACCCUGGCAGCUCUCAUGAAAGCUGUGGAUGGAUCAUGGGAGGCAGCAAAGAGCAAAGCAAUCAUCACCAAGUAUCUGAAUACUUCUGGGAACACCCUUGGCAGCACUGAGCUCAACAGCAUAGACUCCAACCUGUGCUCCUUAGACAUCAGCACACUGAAGACCAUCACCCCAAUCAGUAUCAGAAAUGCCAAACCUCUGAAUGUGGCGUCAUGUUCGUUGGAACAGAAGAGAGUCCUGUAUGAGAUCAGCAACACUUCCUUCAGCUCACAGCGUGCCAGUCCCACCUCUUUUUACAAUUUAAUUAUUCCCUAUCUAGGUGGAGCACCUCUGUCAGACAUAGUAGCACUGUCAACUCAGAACAUUAGUAUGGAUGUAGACACUUUCCAGAGCCUGGAACCUGACGUGAUUGCUAGUUUGACUGUGACCACUGUCCAAGGCCUCAUGGGUAGCCAUCUACAAGAUCUGAAGGUGUUCGAGAACAACACAGUGAUUCAGACCUGGGUGAACAGGCAGCUGCAGUCAGAACUGGACAAGCUGGGUCUGAACCUAACCACCAACAGAGCCGACCCAACUAUUGCACCACCCAGCUCCAACACCAGCACAAAUGCUUCUACAUCAGCAUCACAAUCAACAUCACCAUCAGUAUCGGCAUCAGGAUCUGCAUCACCAUCAGGAUCAGUGUCAGGUUCAGGAUCAGUAUCAGAAUCAACAUCAGUGUCACCAUCAGUAUCAUCAAGCACUGUUACAGACACACAGGGAAACACGAGCAGCACAAGUCCAAACCCGACCACUACUGUAACAACAACAAAAGCUCCAAGCACAAGUCAUGGAACAGAGCUUGCAAAAAACCCAGCAUCCAUAUUCCUGGCUGCUGUGCUGACAGCUGUGCUACAAAUACUACAACAACCAGCCUAAAUACAUGUGUGACUUUAGCAUUCUAAUCAAUAAUCAAUAAUUAUUCAAUUAUUUUUUCAGUAAUUCACUGAGUGUGAUUCAUUGAUGUUAUUUAUUCAAGCCUAAAGAAAAUUGCUUCAUUGCAGCUGCUUCAUUUUUGCUUCACUCUAAUCUUUUCAUAUUAUAAAACAAUCACAGGAAUCUAAAUAAUAUAUAUAUUUAAGUGGUGAUCAGGAUUUUACUCUAUAUGCUGGAAUUUUGAAAUUAAGCACUGCCAAUAAUAACAUUUAUUUUUAAUCAUUAUUAUUAUUAACACAAAUUUAC